AUGGAUUUUUGGUUAAAAGACGGAAUUGCCCCCGUCUCUCACACACUCUCUCUCUCCCGCGCGUCUCUCCUCUCUCCUCUGGUUCGCGACAGCCACCGUGGCCGGCCACGUUUUGGCCGGCCGUUCGCUCGUCCGGCCACCAAAGUCGACGGGGCCGGUACCAAAAUGACCGGGCCGCCGUCCUCUUCCUACCCCAGCCGGGUCUCGCCGCCAGCCGCCGUGAUUUCGCCGGAAAACGAGGAGAAAAGCUCCGGUUUUGACAGAAAAUUCGCCGGGCUUCGUUCUCCGUCGUCCGGCCGCCAUUUUUGGCGAUCAAGGAUUGCAUCGAUUUUGAGCGUAGGAUUUCUGAUUUUCGAGUUAGGGUUUCGGCCGGAUUUCGGGAUGAGAUUCCGGCCACUUCCGGUCAGAUUUUGGGGUACGUCCAAGAACAAAAGUGGCUCCAAAUUAGGUGUUUUACCUAGGGUAGGAGUCUUGGCCGCGGUUUGGAGUUUUCCGGCCGCCGGAUAUCGCUUUGGCACCCACGCGCUGCCGGCGCGUGUGGCGGCGCGUGGGCACUGUAGCUGA